CUCCAGUAUUCUUGCCUGGAGAAUCCCAUGGACAGAGGGGCCUGGUGGGUUGCAGUUCAUAGGAUCACCAAGUCGAUUCAGAUGACUGAAUUGACUAAGCAUGCAUAGGAAUAAAUUAGAAUUGCAUUAAAGCAUGUGUGUGAAUAAGAAGUUAAAUGAAAAACAGCUUUGAAAAAAAAAGAUUCAAAAGCAGUGGAUUGAAGACAGAGAUUCCAAUUAUGGAUCAGGUGGCAAUUAGGCCUCUCUAGGUAGGGAUAUUGCCUUCCCUCCUCCAAUUUGCGUAAUAGGCAGCAGCACUCGUCAGAAUCUGAAAUAAAUGGAGAAGCUCUGGAAGAACGUGAACCAACGUGACCUGGAGAAAAAGGGGGUGGAUGAAGGUGGAAGACAAAACAAGGACUGAAACUGCCUCGGGAUAUUGUGCUGAGCCUGGGCGCCAGGUGGUCGGAUGGAGCGCAUCUUCUGUGUUCCCUACAGCUUGUACCCGGGCUAUGGGAACAUGCUGCGUUUGGGCCAGUCUGGACCCUCUGAGCACAGACAACCUCACUGGAGUCAAAGCAACGUUCCCCCCACUUUUCUGGCCAGGCCCAGGCUGCUGAUGCCCUCCAAUGCCUCCGACUACUGCGUGGACCCUUACAAGAGAGCCCAGCUCAUGGCCGUUUUCUCCCAUAUGAACCCCGGCCUGAGCCUGCGGCUGCGCAAGGCCAACACCAAGGAUGUGGGCGUGCAGGUGAGCCCCCGGGUGGGCAAGUCCGUGCAGUGCUCUCUGGGGCCUCGCACCCUGGACAGCCUCUCCUCCUGGGCCAGCGCAGGCCCCAGGGCACCCGCGUCCGCCUGGGGCGUCUCUUCACCAGUGCCCGGCCACUGGGGCCAGGUGCUACUGCGGAAGGCGCCCUCGGGUCCUCCGGUGGCUGGCCAGCCGCCCCCGCCACUACCACCACCAAGGUCAGAAGAGGAUCCUCUCGAGGACCUCCAGCCGCGUGAGGAGUUGGCGGAGGAAGACUUCUCGAGUCCUCGGGAGAGGAAGAGCAAGGCGGCCCCGGUAGACUCCAGCCAGCCGCCUGGGAGGCCUAACUUCCAGUUUUUAGAACCCAAAUAUGGCUAUUUUCACUGUAAAGAUUGUAAGACCAGAUGGGAGAGUGCUUAUGUGUGGUGCAUUUCUGGAACUAAUAAGGUUUAUUUCAAACAACUCUGUUGCAAAUGCCAAAAGAGUUUUAACCCUUAUCGAGUGGAAGCAAUCCAGUGCCAGGAUCUUAGUUCCCCAACCAGGGAUCAAAACUGCCCCUCCCUGCAUUGGAAGUGUGGAGUCUUAAUCACUGAACCACAAGGAACAUCCCCCUUAGAAACUUUUGACAUGUCAGAAGUUUACAUCUUUGAAGGAAGGAGGAAGAAAAGAGCAGGAGCUGAGGCCAAGAGAAACCACGGUGAUGGGGAGAAACAGCUACUGAGGGUGGUGGAGAAGAGAGCCAACCACCAAUCAAGUUCCUGGAAAGACUGACUCUUCAGAGACUUUCAGAAGUGAAGCACAUAUUCAUUGUCUCUAAACCCCAGUAAGUACUGAGCAGAUGAGAUGGUUCUGUGAUAUGCAUAGGGGAUGGAAAGAGGUGCCCCUCUCCCCUACAGAAAGCUUGCUGGUCUUGGAAGGUUAGCAUUGUGUUUAUAUAGUCACGAUUCAGCAGUCAGCCAGCGACUAUUUUAAUCAUCCUUCAAACUCAUCAUCUGCAGUGGGGCUGGAUGAAUCCAGCAAGAGGGCAGGUGGUCUCUCAGAAGAAGAGAAAGUGAUGACAUGGUGCCUCUGGGGACCCAUCCGGCUGGCUGGCCUGGCAUCAUGGGGACUGGCUAGGGCUGCUCUGAGAGGUUAGCGCACCAUGUUCACAGCCUUUAGGGUCAUCAGAGAGAAGCACCAUGGACACAGAGAGGGCACAGGGCUGGGGGGUUGGGGGGGGGGGGGCUCUUCCUGAUCUCCUGCAGUGACGGCCUCGGCUGGCCACGCACAGCCAUUCCUGUGCAGACCCAGGCCUUUGGGGCUCCCAUCACCACACAGCGCUGCUCACAAACACCAAAGUGUCUUUCCAACAAACUGCAAUUGCACACGAGCUUCCCUGAGGUUCCACACUGUCAGCUGGGCAGGCCGUUGACCAUGGGAGUAGGCCUGGGAUACUCACGGUCUCGGCGUCCACAAAGAGCGUGGGGCACUCAGAGCAGGAGGUAAGCAUCUGGGAAGAGCUGACAAACUUGGAUCCGAUGCCCCGAAGGUUAUCGCCAAGGUAACUGGCUGCGUCACAGGUUAGGAAGCAGAACCUUUUCUGAAUAUUCUGAAAGGCAACAUAAUCACUAUUUGUAAAGGCCAUGUUUUAACUUAGGCACUAGGAAAAAACUUUUUUAAUUCUUAGGAAAAUGUCAAAUCAGCACAGGUCCUCCAUGUAGUGGCGUGUGUGUGUGUGUUAGGAACAGAGUGACUGUCUUAAGUGAAUAAUGUGUGUGUGUGUGUGUGUGAUAGGAACAGAGUGACUGUCUUAAGUGAAUAAUGUGUGUGUGUGUGUGUGUGUGUGUGUGUGUGUGUGUGUGAUAGGAACAGAGUGACUGUCUUAAGUGAAUAAUCACCCAGUGUGAACAAAGUUUCUUUCUAAAAUGUCAUUUCCCAAUGUGUGGAUGCCCAUGUAUCUUUUAAAUAAGUGCUGCUUUGCUUUUUUGCUGAUAGCCAGUGCCAGCCAGAAUCUUCUGCCUAGCAUGUUUGU